UUUAUUUGGCUCGACAUGAGUACUCUAAGUGUUUGGUGCUCGUACAUUCAUCGUUUAUGCAUUGAAAACAACACCACAAAUGUAUAUGGAAUUUUGGAACCAAGUUUUCUGAACAUUGUUGGUGAUGCUGGGAAAAAAAGUGAUCAGAGAAUAUCUCAAAGUAAAUGCAAGAAAUACAUCCAGCAUAAGUUAGAAAAUGAAAAGAAAGAGUGUCAAUUAUUACCAUUUAACCAUGGAGGACAUUGGCAGUUGAUAAUACUUUGUCCAAAGAUAAAUACCGUGGUUGUUAUUUGUUCACUACAUUGGAAACUUAAUCCAAUAAUGGAGAAAAUUGUUUCAAGUGUUUUUACGGUUGAUCAAAUGGCGAAUGGCAAUAGAAAGAACAAUACCGUAUGGCUUUAUCCACAAGCGAGGAAACAAUAUAAUUCAAAUGACUGUGGAUACUAUGUAAUGAAAAAUAUGUUGGACAUUGUCACUGCUAAGAUAACUGAUUCUUGGAUGGAGGUAUUUAAUGACCCAAAAGAGUUAACAGCUGAGGAGAUGUAUGAAUUGCGAUUACGUUGGUCAACAUAUUUUUUGUCGUUAUUGGAGGGUUAAGAUUUAUCUGGGUGAUGAGGAAUUGGUUAUUAGCUUUAGUUUGAGUCUUGGAAGCAGAUCAGGUGAUGGAAUUGGUAAUUUGGCUCGGGUGCAUCCCACUGUUUUGGACUUGCUGUUUUGGACUGUCAUGGAAUUGGUAGUUUGAGUUGCUGUUUUGGAAUUGGAUAGAGCUAGUUUUGAUUUUUGUGUAUAUUAGGGGGCUGUAUGCUUGGAAUUAGAAUAGAUAUAAUUAGUGAUAAUGUUAAGUUUUGUGAUUUUAAUGUAUUGAAUGUGUAACUUGUUAGGAAUUGACAAUGAAUUGUGGAAAAUAAUAUUCGAAAUUAUGACAAUUUUCUU